UAUGCAAUGCGAGUCUGUGACGAAAGCGCCAUCUCCCAGGCUGCCGGAAUCGGCGUGCAUUCCUCCAUUCUAUUGAAAUAAAUCCCCUAUUCAGAGAUGUUUGUUUGUUUGUUUUUUUAAAAUUUUUUACUUCUUACGGGCAGUAUAGGGGAAUGAAUUGAUUGUGCAGCGUGUGCCUUGACUGUGGAUGAGCCAAAACGACAGAGCCACACCGGACUGCUUCUGAUGGUGUUUGAUUUUUUUUUGUCCUGGUCAGAAUGGAGGUGUGGAGUUUUGCCAUCACGCCGUCUCAUCCUCCAUCACAUAUGCCGCUGAAGCUGAGGGGGAUGUUCGCGUAGGAGGGUUUUAUUUGCUUUAUCAGCCUCUCUUGCUUGUCUUUCAUCGAAAACAACAACUGGAGCUGUGGAUGGAAGUGUGUGUACAGCAGUCACUCCAUUUUUUUAUUUAAUUAUUUUUUUUCACUCUUAGAUUCAACAGUUUUGUAUGAAUACAAGGUGUUUGCCUUGUGAUUUAAGAGACUAAUAUAAAUUCUGCACGUUCCUUUUUUAAAAUCUAAUUUUGAUUUACUUUUUUUUUUCCAUUUGACAUUCUCACCCCAUUAUUUUUUGACCGGGGUCAAUGUGAAGUCUCUGAAGCCAGCAAAGAUCAGGACUUGGCAUCCAAGCAGCCGCUUCUACCCUCCAUGUGACCCGUUUGAUUCAUCUUAUCUCUGAAGGCAGUUGAUGGAGAGCCAUUCGAAUGACAGCCGGGACAGUGGUCAUCACUGGCGGAAUCCUUGCUACAGUCAUAUUACUUCUUAUUAUUGCAGUACUGUGCUACUGCAGACUACAGUAUUACUGCUGUAAGAAAGAAGAGUCCGAGUCGGAGGAGGAGGAGCCAGACUUCGCCGUGACGUCGCGCCUGCCGCCGGUCCACUCCAACCACAACAUUGUGGCGGCAACGGCCGCCGCCGCCUCCUCCUCCUCCAUCCCCAAUGGCCCCGCCCUCUUCCCCACCCCGCCUCUGGCCCGGAAACUGACGCGCUCGCAAACCUUCUGUCCGUCGUGCACCCACUACGAGCUGCCCUUCUAUCUUCAGCCGCCCGCUCCCCCGCCCCACCACCACCAGGCCGACGGCCUCAGGAACGGCGGCGAGCGGGUCAACUUCCGUGGCGUGCCGCCGCCCCUACAGCAGCCGGACAUGGAGCUGCCCGUGCCGGUCAACAUUUCCAACUACCGGAAACCCCACUUGGCCCGUUCGGUGACCAUGAGAGACAUGUUCACUCGCAGCUGUAGCAUCAGCACUGACGUUUAGCCGAGCCCGCGGACCGCACGCAAAGACGGAUGGCCGCGUUCACAUAUAUUCAACUCGCUAUCAUUUAACGCGGUCUGCUUCGGACAUUCGACUGGCUCUCAGGACAUCAUUUCUUGCGUUCAGGUCUAAGAACUGGAACGCGACACCGAGUCCGUGAAUUCAUUCGCUGAAGUAUUCAAGUUGUUAUGUAAUCUGUUGGCUCGGUAAGGCUUUUGUAAAAGAUUACAAAAUGUCGGGCCCCUCUUCUCCGGGAAGACAUCACGGUCAGGUCAGGGAUUUCUCUCUACCAUAGCUGCUACAAAACAAAGUGAAAUGUGAUUAGGCGCUGUGUUUCCCUGUCAUAGAAGGAUGUGUCUGCUCUCCUCCAUGCACCGAUUAUGGAGAUUAUGAAACGUAGUUCAGCAUCAUUGGGAUGGGGGAGCCUUGUUUUGUUUUUGCAGAUAGAUUAAACUUCCGCUGUGAUGUCGAAAUGACAUAAAGGGCUCGUAGAAGACAGAAUUCCUUUAUUUCUUUUCCCAACAAUAUUUUUCGUGUGCUUUGUAGAUGGAUCUGUCCAGCUCACAGGACUGUGAAUGUGAAACAAUAUAUUUCGUCAUUCAACACCUUGCAAAAAUGGAGUAGGAAAUGCUACACCAAAAAUGUGAUCCCAUUCAAAACUAUAUAUAAAAUUGCCCCCCAAAAAAAACGGCACACCGUGAGCCAGGAAUCAUAUUUAGUGGAUUUACUGUAUAUAGCAAGAAGCCCCGUCAGUAUCUUUAAGUGAUUUAUUACUGCAAUGAACUAUAUUUGGAUAAGGCAAACAACCUCGCAUGGAUGCAAAAAAUAUAUAUAAAUCAUAUUUUCAAACGUAUAGGGCAAAGACGUGUAUUUUGCAACUUCAUAGCGAAAUCAACCGUAUUUAGUAACUACUUUGGAAAAAGUCGAGAAAGUACAUUGGUUGUUUUAGCUAGGCCAAGGAACCACAGUUGUUAACUUUAGACGCCAGCCAACCAUGUUUACUAACUCUAGGCAGGGAAAAUAAGUAGUGCAUUCCACACAACCUAUAUAAGAAUUCAACUCUACAUUGCACUUUCUAGCCUGGCAAUUACAAUACAUUUUGAGAAUUUCAAACAAUAUUUGCAGUAUUAUUUGUUUUCCAUUUAGAUGGUGUUACUGGUGGGAUACAUUUUGAGAAUUUCAAACAAUAUUUGCAGUAUUAUUGGUUUUCCAUUGAGAAGGUGUUACUUGUGGGAAAACAAUUACACAAAACUCAGUAUUGGCACCCUUUGCAAAAUCAUGUGACGCUUCUCUAAUUUGUGUUUUCAUAUUGUGUUUUCAUUCGUAACCCCCAUUUUUGGGGGUUACGAAUGAAAAAUCCUUUUGUAUGAAAUCCUAUCCUCUCAUGGGAAUUCAGCCGUUAUUAUUUUCUAUUUUUGAAUGACAUGACCCACGUGCUAAUCGGCAGCAAUAACGGUGAAUAGGUUUUAAGAAUGACAGCAUUUCACUGGUUCCCAUCAUCAACAGAAUUGAUGAAAUGACAAGUUGUAAUUAUUCUUAUCAAAGAGAUGCCACUCUCCUUUGCAUCUUUGCUGAAACUUCUCGGACUUUGCAUUCAUUCAUUUUCCAUUUUCUGUCUGAAUUCUUUUGAUUUGUUGAUCCAUGCUCUGAACAUUAAUCAAGCUUUGAAGCCAAUUCUCUUAAUAUUUAACAGGCUCCUUUCUCUCUCAGACUAAGAAGUAUUCCUACUCUUGACCAGCCUUGUUGGAAGACUGCCGCUCGGACUAAGAAGCAGCGGCUUUUGAAUUUGGAUGGUCUUAAUGAGUGGAAUUAAUUACGGCUUGAUGAUGAGAGGAAGUGAAAGCGGGCGCGUCUACACUGGACACACUUCCCCUUUUCAAAUGGAUGCUAUUGUAUAUCCUCUCUCUCUGUUUAUCACCAUGACCUGGCAAGCUCAUUUAUUUUUCCAAAGGAUCAAACAUGGAGCGAUCGACGUGCUUUCCUGUAAACACACACGGCAAACUUUCCUUGUUAAUGAAGCGUCGCACGGGGAAGUAGGAGACAAACACUACUCUUGUUAGCGUUAUUCGAAUGAUUAAACACGCAAAUUCAGUGUUGCUUUUAUGUUUGGUUUCGAGAAGAACAGCAGACACGUUUCUGUCCUUGUUUUAAUGGUUUACUGGCUAACGGACACAAUGUUGAUAAUAAAAUGGUGUGAAAACAAAAUAUCAGCCAUGACAUUGUUUUCCAUUCAAUUCCAAUUAGUGAUAAUCUAUUGAUCAUUAGUGCAGCUGAAUACCAAAAACAAAAAGGAAACCAGUACUUUUUCUAGUUUUGAUUCACUGAUCUUUAGAUACAAGUAGAGUAUUUGGUCUGGGUACAACCAAGGGGGUGUGUUAGAAAGAUUUAUUGAAACACUUGAUCGUGAAAAAGGAGGUAACAGAAAGGGUCCGGGACUGAAGGUGACAGGGAUUCAAAACAACCCAUAGGCUAACUGAAACCAUGGGAAGAGGGCUUUGAGAAAAGGGUGAAAACGGAAACACUGUAGCCGCAGAAGGUAGAGGGGAUACAGAUGAAAACUGCAAUAAGCAAACUAAGGGGCCGUUUACAUGGUGACGCACUGAUGGUGUUGCGGAACGGCCUCGCCUUUACACGGUGUCGGCGAAAACUCAAGGUGAAGACGCACACUUCUGAUUCUGGCCUCCAAAGCGGAAGGAUUCCAUUGCUGCGAAACCAUAUGAAUGGAACGUUCUCGCUCCGAUGACGUGAGCACUCACACUCGUCACCUUGGGCAUACGCAAUUUCAGCUACUAAACAUUCAAAAUAGCAAAAAUGUUGGCAUUAAUUGACUGUUUUUAUAAUAAUUGAAUAUGUUUACUUCGUUUUUAAUUUAACUAGGUUUUUGUGCCUUUUGAAGCAAAAGAGGAAAAAAACGCUUCGAGUGGGCGGGUAUGUCUUCCAGGCUGAGGAGUUUGUUGUCAAGGAAGUGCAUCAUUGGCGGUCGCCUUGUAUAACUGCACUGCCCCCUAGGGCCCGGUAUGAAUAUUACAUUGUUUUCACACGGAAUUGCGACAUCGUUCAAAUGCUAUUUUUAGACUGUGACGUCGCCAUCGUAACACGGAAGUGGGUCAUUAUAGACACGCCCUCGCGUACAAUCCGUGUUAUUUCUGCUUGUUUUCUCCCGGUAAUCUUUCAAAAAAAGAACAUGCUGAGGAAACACUGCUGCUAUGGAACUUGUAGAAAUGACUCUAGACAUUACCACAUAUGAAGGAUGUUUUCUUCAUACGUUUCCCGAAACCAAAAACGCUGAGGAAAAAAAUGUGAAUGGAUUGCGCAGACGUCCGAAAGACCAGUUUAACACCAGCAAGGUGAAGCCGUUCACAUUUCAUAUGCAUUCAACAUUUUGUUGUGAGCCAUGGUCCAACAAAGGACAAAGAGGUAAGCCAUUUUGAUAUUUUGACUUAUUUUUAGCGUGGCGUUUUGCCGUGCUGCUUCUGACAAUGAACGACCUGGAAAAAAUUAAAAUGG